AUGGAAGAGAAUGUAUUCAGCGUCCAACAGAUUCAGCCCAACGUGAUCUCAGUGAAGCUCUUCAAACGCAAGGUUGGUGGCCUCGGAUUCCUGGUGAAGGAACGAGUCAACAAGCCACCUGUGAUCAUCUCUGACUUGAUCCGAGGAGGGGCAGCAGAACAAAGUGGCCUUAUUCAGACGGGAGAUAUUAUCCUAGCAGUCAAUGGGAAGCCCCUGGUUGAUAUGAACUAUGACGCAGCCUUAGGAGUCCUUAGAAGCAUCGCUUCGGAAACUUAUGUUGUUCUCAUCUUAAGAGGCCCCGAGGGCUUCACCACUCACCUAGAGACAACUUUUACUGGAGACGGGACGCCGAAAACCAUCCGAGUCACCAGACCUCUGUGUGGGACGCCAACCGUAGGUGAUCAGGCAUCUGCUCCGAGCAUCCACACCAAAGACAAGCAACAGAGGGAAGAAGAAUACAGAAUGGGGGGCUCCGUCAGCUCCCGAUGUACCCGGGAGAAUGGGCAAGAGGAAGAAGACUUGGUGCACAUCAAUGGCAUGGUAGCCAGCAACGUGGCCAAGGACACUCUGAAAGGAAACCAGGAUAUCCCCGACCAUUGUCUGAAUGGCAGUGUUGAAAACAGUGAACUGCUCAAGGAGAUUGAACCCGUCCUGGAUCUCCUGAAGGGCAACAGCCAGGAACUCAACGGCAAUGCUGAAGCCCAGAUGGCGAUGAGAGACGUCGAAGUCCAGGUGGACAGUUUAGGGGAAGCCGGCCGGAAGUCGCCAAGGACAUUUCCAACGCAGCUGGAGAGCGACCGAGUCGUCAAUGAUCAGUGGGGGGCAUCUGAAACAAGCCCCAUGCCAAGCAACAUGUCUUCAGACAAGGACCAGGUCCCUUCUGGCCAGUGGUCACCUACCAAAAAAGUGGUGAACGAAAGCCCUUCCAAAUGCCCGCGUUUUGCCAAAGUGAGGAACUGGGAAACUGGCUGUGUGCUCAACGAUAAUUUGCAUUUGAAGUACUCCAUGGUGACCCCUUGCAGUGAUCAGGUCUGCAUGGGGUCCAUCAUGGUCCCUCCUCAGCAUGUCCGCAAACCGGAAGAAGUCCGGACGAAGGAUCAGCUCCUCCUCCUCGCCAAAGAAUUCAUUGAUCAGUACUACUCCUCCAUCAAGAGGUCUGGCUCGAAAGCUCACAUGGAAAGGCUGGUGGAAGUCACCAAAGAGAUAGAAACCACGGACACUUACCAGUUGCACGAUACGGAGCUGAUCUAUGGAGCCAAGCACGCCUGGCGUAAUGCGUCUCGUUGCGUGGGGAGAAUCCAGUGGUCCAAGCUGCAGGUUUUUGAUGCCCGGGACUGUACCACAGCCCAUGGGAUGUUCAACUACAUUUGCAACCACAUCAAAUAUGCCACGAACAAAGGGAACCUCAGGUCCGCCAUCACCAUCUUCCCCCAGAGGACGGAUGGCAAACACGACUUCCGGGUCUGGAACUCCCAGGUCAUCCGUUACGCUGGUUAUAAACAACCGGACGGUACCAUCAUGGGCGACCCAGCUAAUGUGGAGCUGACUGAGAUUUGCAUACAGCAAGGGUGGAAAGCCCCCCAUGGCCGAUUUGAUGUCCUGCCACUCCUUCUCCAGGCCAACGGGAAUGACCCUGAGCUUUUGGAGAUCCCACCUGAGCUGGUGUUGGAAGUCCCCAUGAGACACCCCAAAUUCGAGUGGUUUAAAGAACUCGGGCUCCAGUGGUAUGCCUUACCAGCUGUUUCCAACAUGCUGCUUGAGAUUGGAGGCCUGGAGUUCACUGCCUGCCCUUUCAGCGGCUGGUACAUGGGGACCGAAAUCGGAGUGCGGGAUUACUGCGACAGCUCUCGCUACAAUAUCCUAGAGGAAGUUGCCAAAAAGAUGAAUUUAGACAUGCGGAAAACGUCCUCUCUCUGGAAAGAUCAGGCACUGGUGGAAAUCAACAUUGCGGUCCUGUACAGUUUCCAGAGCGACAAGGUGACGAUUGUGGAUCAUCACUCGGCCACCGAGUCCUUCAUCAAGCACAUGGAGAAUGAAUAUCAUUGCCGGGGAGGCUGUCCAGCUGACUGGGUGUGGAUUGUCCCACCCAUGUCUGGAAGCAUCACCCCUGUCUUCCACCAGGAAAUGCUCAACUACAGACUUACACCCUCCUUUGAGUAUCAGCCUGACCCCUGGCACACCCACAUCUGGAAAGUUGGCAAUGGCACCCCAACUAAGAAGAGAACAAUUGGCUUUAAAAAAUUAGCUAAAGCUGUCAAGUUCUCUGCGAAGCUGAUGGGUCAAGCAAUGGCGAAGAGGGUCAAAGCAACCAUCCUGUAUGCCACGGAAACAGGGAAAUCCCAGGUCUAUGCAAAAACACUCUGUGAAAUCUUCAAGCAUGCCUUUGAUGCCAAGGUGAUGUCGAUGGAUGAGUAUGAUACUGUUCACCUGGAACAUGAAACCCUGGUUCUGGUGGUCACAAGCACCUUCGGCAACGGGGACCCUCCUGAGAAUGGAGAGAAAUUCGGGUGUGCCUUGAUGGAGGUGAGAAAUCCUAACUCCAGCUUAGAAGAGAGCAGAAGCUACAAAGUGCGCUUCAACAGUGUCUCCUCAUAUUCGGAUGCCCGGAAAUCCUCUAUUGAUGGACCUGAAGCCAGGGAUAACUUUGAGAGUGCUGGUCCUCUAGCCAACGUCAGGUUCUCUGUCUUUGGGCUGGGCUCCAGAGCUUAUCCUCAUUUCUGCGCCUUCGCCCGUGCCGUGGACACACUCCUGGAAGAGCUGGGAGGGGAACGCAUCCUAAGGAUGGGCGAGGGGGAUGAACUGUGUGGUCAGGAGGAAUCCUUCAGAACCUGGGCCAAGAAAGUCUUCAAGGCAGCGUGUGAUGUCUUCUGUGUGGGGGAUGACGUCAACAUCGAAAAAGCCAACAACUCUCUCAUCAGCAACGACCGCAGCUGGAAGAGAAGCAAGUUCCGGCUGACCUACGUGGCUGAGGCUCCAGAGCUGACCCAAGGUUUAUACAGCAUCCACAAAAAACGAGUCUACGCCGCUCGGCUGCUGGCCCGUCAGAAUCUCCAAAGCCUCAAAUCCAGCCGUUCCACCAUUUUCUUGCGGCUUCACACAAACGGGCAGCAGGGGUUGCAUUACCUGCCCGGAGAUCACCUGGGAGUGUUUCCGGGAAACCAUGAAGAUUUGGUCAACACCUUGAUUGAAAGACUGGAGGACGCACCACCCACCAACCAACUAGUAAAAGUGGAACUUCUGGAAGAGAGAACUACAGCAUUAGGUACCAUCAGCAACUGGACCGAUGAGGACCGCGUUCCUGCUUGUACCAUAUUCCAGGCGUUCAAAUAUUACCUGGACAUCACGACCCCUCCCACACCGAUUCUGCUGCAGCAGUUUGCCUUACUGGCCACUGACGAGAAGGAGAAGAAACGCUUACAAGUUCUUAGCAUGGGUCUUCAGGAUUAUGAGGAAUGGAAGUGGUCGAAAAACCCCACCAUGGUAGAAGUGCUGCAAGAAUUCCCAUCCGUGCAGAUGCCUUCCACCCUCCUCCUCACCCAGCUCCCUCUCCUUCAACCUCGUUACUAUUCCAUUAGUUCCUCCCCAGACAUGUAUCCGGACGAAGUGCACCUCACGGUGGCUGUGGUGUCCUAUCGCACCAGAGAUGGGGAAGGUCCAAUACACCACGGAGUAUGUUCGUCCUGGUUCAACCAGAUACAGGAGGAUGAGGUGGUGCCAUGCUUUGUUAGAGGAGCACCUGGAUUUCACAUGCCACAAGAUCCCCAGAUUCCCUGCAUUCUGGUUGGCCCUGGGACUGGAAUUGCACCUUUUCGGAGCUUCUGGCAACAGCGGCUCUUUGAUCUCAAACAUAAAGGGCUGAAACCAUGCCCCAUGACACUAGUCUUCGGUUGCCGACAAUCCAAGAUUGAUCACAUUUACAAAGAAGAGACUUUGCUGGCCAAGAGCAGUGGGGUCUUCAAAGAGCUGUUCACAGCCUAUUCUCGUGAACCAGAAAAACCAAAGAAAUAUGUGCAGAACAUCCUGCAGGAGCAAUUGGCGAGUUCGGUGUACAAAGCCCUGAAGGAGAAGGGUGGUCAUGUCUACGUGUGCGGUGAUGUCACCAUGGCUGGAGAUGUGCUCAAGACCAUCCAAAGUAUUGUUCGGGAACAGGGGAAGCUGUCAGCCGAGGAGGGUGUUGCAUUCAUUAGCAAGCUGAGGGACGACAACCGAUACCACGAAGAUAUCUUUGGAGUCACUCUGCGCACGUACGAAGUGACCAACCGCCUCCGAUCCGAAUCCAUUGCGCAGAUCGAGGAAAGCAAAAAAGACACAGAUGAGGAUUUGACCGUCCACGACCUUUGCUCUUCUGUGUCUCGUCCGGUUAUUGUGUCCUGAAGGAAGCGUUGCUACCGAUGCACUGAUGGGUGAUAAAGGAAUGGACCAUGGAGUUGUUUCUCUUUCUCCUCCACCCCAUCCCCAACCCCUUCCCAUCCUGUGGUCGUUUUCUUUUCUCGCCCUGUGCCCUCCUCUCUGGAGCUCCCCUGCUGAAGCGCGAUGGCUGUUAACAA